AUGGCAAUCCGCAACGUCCUCACCCUUCUGGCCUCAGCGGCCCUCGCCCUCGCGGCUCCGGUCACCGACGCGCCGACCGCAACCGCGGCUGCCUCGCCGUGCACGACUGGUAGCUACGUCACGACGGCGGGCUACACCAUCAGCUACGCUCCUGCCCUCCCGACCAUCGCUUUCGAUGGCGGAUACCAGCCCGAGGCUGCUUGGUCGGAGAGCCAUGUCGUGGGUACCUACACCUUCGGCGCCCCCGACCCCAUCGAAUCCGGCUUCGCCUACUCCCAGUACAAGUGCCAGUUCUACUGCAACAACCAGCCCGGCGCCGGAAGCUUCUUCGUCAAUUAUAUUGAUGACAAGGUUGGCGCGGCUUGCACUUGCUACAGCGACCUGCUCGAGCCCGAGAGCUUCGUGUCUAACAACCAGACCCGCGUUGGCGCCUGGAAUCACAUCUGCGCUUCUUGAUUGGUUGAGCAUCUAUCUUACAUGGUCAGCCACAGGAGAUGGGGAGUCUCAGUCUAUCAUUCCGGAGUUAAAAAGAGUGCGGUUUCCUUUUUUUUUCUUUUUUUCGGCAGGAAGGAUACAGGGACAGGCGUGUGAGAAGGGGAUGGUGGUGGUAGGUUCUGCGGUCUUUUGUCUUGAGGAUGAGGACGGACAGUAAUGGGUUUGCGCUUAGGGCCAGAAGUUGCGCUGCGGCGAGCUGAGCUAAGCAGGCAAGCACAGGUCUCGGUCGAUUUCUCCUUUCGAGGUGUACAUAGUUAGUUUUUGCUUGUAAAAAUCA